AUGUCUUCUACUGAACUCAUUUCGCAAACUGCACAGAAAACAACUCUCAAAACCCUAAAACAUACCAAGGCAACCGCCAUAAUAGCUUCCGAAGAAAAAUAUACUGCCAAAGGCUUGGAAUCUUUGCCCGUUGUCCUCGUCCGUGGUCAGGGCGCAAAAGUCUGGGACAUUGAUGGCAAGGAAGCUUUUCAUAACGGGCACUAUGGACCGCUCUGCGAGAAGUUCUGCAGGGCAACUUUUGGACUUCGACCUCACGUUUCCAAUGAAUUCAGGGUCGGAAAGGUGGAUCUUACCAUCAAAAUCUCACGAAAAUGGUCACAAAAAAUUAAAGGUGUGGAAGAAAAUGAGUCAAUUAUUGUUACUAUAGCCGGAAACUAUCACGGUAAAAGUCUUGGACCUCUUUCGGCCUCGUCAAACGAGUACAUUCGAGAUGGGUUCGGACCCUAUAUUCCAGGUGUGGGUCCAAUUAUUGAUGGCCAUAUCAUGCGAUUUAGCAAUAUUGAAGAUCUCAAUCAUGCCUUUGAACAACAAGGAGACCGUACUGGGGCUGUAAUACUAGAGUGUGUCCAAGGCUACGCUGGAUGCAUUCCGGCGGAUAACGCUUACCUAAAAGAAGCCCAUGCAUUGUGCAAGAAAUACAAUGCCCUAUUUGUUGCAGAUGAGAUACAAACUAGAUUCGGUCGCAUUGGAUAUUUGAUGUCCUAUCAAGCAGCUGGAAUUAAACCCGAUAUGAUAACACUAGGUAAAGCAUUAACUGGUGGCGCAUAUUCAAUGAGAAUGGUACUAGGAAGAAAAGAAGCUUUCGACACAGUUCGACGUUCUCGGGGAAACCCUCUGGCAUGUGCAAUAGCUUCAGAAGCGGUCGAUGUUGUAUUGGAUGA